ACUUGCAUCGCAUGCACCUCAUAGACGCAGCAGCAGCAGCCGCCGCCGCCGCCGAGCACGUAAACACAAGAAAUGCGUACGUCUCUCCGACGGGUUAGACGUGUGUGUGUGUGAGUGUGCGUGUGCGUGUGAGCGAGGGAGCCGAAGACCGAUGUGUACCUACGUACGAGUGAACGAACACUAGUGUACGUGUGAGUGAGCGACCGUGUGUUCGCGCGUACCAGUGUGAGUGCGCGUGAAUGCAAUUCGGUGAGGCGAGUGUAUAGUUUGUGGCGGUGCAUACAUGUAGUAGGUAUAUAAGCGGCAGUAUAGUAAGUACACCACUAUAUCGGACGGCAAAAUGGCUGGAGAAGUGCGAUUCCGAUUGACCGACAACCUGGAUCCACUUCAAACAUUGGAUAUUUGCCACGAGAUUGUCAACAUGACAUUUUGUUCAUCAGACAGACCUUUUACCUUAAAAAAAUGUACAAAAAAAAGAUGUGUUGAUAGAUAUGAUAGCUCAGAAAGUUCAGACAGUGGUGUUGCAACAUUUAUUACUGAACUUGGAUCACCUUUGACUCCAGAUAGUCGAGUUAGUGAGUAUUCUAUUCCUUCUCCAGAUGAAUGUGAACCUGUAAUGCCUCCCCCGCCACCUUUAGCAAAUUCCGCUGAUGAAAUUGAUUUAGCAUGUUGGCCAUGGAGUGAAGAAUGGGCUGCUGAUUGUUCUAAUAUUGAAUUAUUUUCUGAUGCCUGUGAUACUAAUGAUUAUUGCAAGACAGAUACAAACAUUGCUAAUAUUGAACUUGACCAAAAUGUAAUUGAAGAUGACUCUUGUAAUGACAAAUUAAACAUUUUUCAAAAUUCAUCAAAAAUAAAUGACUUGUUUAAUUCAUUACCAUUAGCUCAGUGUAAACUUAUAGAGUCUUCCGAUAUUAAAUCUGAAUGUGACUUUGUUCCUGCUAAAAAGUUUCUUGUGUCUGAUGAAGAAUCACCAACAAAAUUUACACUUCGUAGUUCUGAUGAACAUUUUUCUAGUGACAUCAUUACAACUCUACAAUCCAAUAUUUUAGAUAAUAAAUGUUUACUAAAAGAUGAAGAGUCAUUGUUAUCUUUACAAUUUCCAUCUUGUACCCCCUCAACGUGUUCAGAUAGUUUUGAUGAGACUGAUUUUAAACUGUGUGAAGAUCAUAUGGACAACAGUAUUUCAAUCAAAUAUAUAAAAGAUGAAGGUGAAAAAUUAAUGUGUGAAAGUUUAAUUGAUACACCUUCAACCAAGAAUUUUAAAUUAAAUAAUAAUAUUUCUGAUGAUGAAAAUGACUCUAAUAGUCCACAUAAAAAAUUAUGCGUAGAUCAGGCAAUUAAACUACCAAAUAAGGGUAGGUAUUUUAUGAGAUCGUCUUCUGGUUCUUCUCAUGAUUUAUUUAAAUCUAAAAUUCCUCACUUGUUGGAUCAAAAUAAAAAUGUACAAGAUAAUUUAAAAUCACCUUCAACAAGAUUGAAUUGCUCUCUUCGAAAUCCAAUCAAUAAACAUCAGCAGUGUGACAUUAAUUGUUCAAUAAAAAAUAAUGAACAACUUGACUAUUCCACAACCGAAUUAAAUUCAGCUGGUUUCAAUUCUAAUAAAAUUAGAUUUCCAAAGUUGGAUAGUCAUUGGAUUUCAUUAAGAGGAAAUAUUAUGUGUCGUUGGAAUAAUUGUGAUAGUCAUUUUACUGCUACUACUAAGCUCAUUGAACAUCUCCAGGUAAAACAUGUGAAUUCUCAGACUUUUAGUGAAACUUUUGUAUGUUUAUGGUCAGACUGUAAAGUAUUUAAUAAACCAUCUUGUUCACGAUCAUGGCUUGAGCGUCAUGUAUUAAGUCAUGGGGGUAAUAAACCAUUGCAAUGCAUUGUCCAGAAGUGCAGACAACGUUUUAGUUCUCAAAUAAUGCUUGAAAGACACGUGAAUCAACAUUUUAAAGCUUCUAGUAAUAAAGAGGAUGAAGGUGGUAUAAAUGGUAAAUUAAUAAGAAGAAAGGGAAAGAAACUACGUCUUCGUAGGCAACCAUUCACUGCAAGAAAAUUUGAUUACUUUGAUCAAGCUACAAUGAUGGAAUUACAAAACCAGUUAUUUUUAAGUACACAGAAUAGUCAACAAGAUUUUAUUGAUUACAGCAGAAGAGCUAUUAAAUUUCAACCCAAUGUCAUUGCUAGAAGAAUAUUAGAAGGAAGCAAAAAACAAGAAGUGCUGAUGCGAUGGUUUCCUCCUGACAUAUUAGAAGAUGAAUGGAUCACUUGUGAUAAAAAAACAAAUUUCAAUGUGAUUGAACGUGUUGUACCUAUUAUGUCGAUGAGCACAGAAAAUCGGGAUUCAAUUACUAAACUAUUUGGUAAUAUUUUCCCACCUUCAUCUCGACGUUCACGUAAAUGAAUAUUUUAAUAUGCUAUUUUUUUUUGUAAAAGAAACUACUUUACAAAAGAUGUUUUUAAUUUUUAUUCUUCAACAAUUCUUGUGAUAUUUUAAUGUAGUACCUAAGUAAUAAUUUUAA